UUAGUUCUGGAAUCGUUAGAGUGUAAUCAAGUGUGAAAUUAUUUUUCAAUGUCUUGCUCCAUUUUAAAAAAAUUUUCAUUUAAAACUUUUCAAGCGGAUCAUCAAGUAUUAGAACAAGACACUAUGAAUAUUUCAACUCCUAUGCAUGAAACGCAAAGUUUCCUCAAGUGUCUUGAAAAUACUGCUAUGCCUUCAAUGAAGGCUUCCAAAAGCUGGAAACACACCAUUGUUAAUUGGAUAAAGCCAUUGACGUUUCAGCAAAAGCUCGAGUUGCACAAAUCUAUUUAUCCUAUGAUGAAAUGGUUAAAUACAAUGGAUCAAAUUAUUUCGUCUCUCGGAUCAGAGUUGAUCCGAGUUGAUAAAACUACCGCACGGGCCAGACUAAUAUGUUUGCGCCAUUUCAUGCAAAAAAUCAAAACUAAACAGCAUGAAAAGGAUUGGAUUGUUAAAACGUCUAAAAAAGUUAUUAAAAAGUUGGAUUAUCUAGAUUCAAUAAUUAUGGUUCAUAAAUGGGCCACAGACAUUCAAAUUAAGUGGAUUCAAAUUUGUUCAGUGGCAAUGAAUCUCGAAAAGAUACUUUUAAAAAUUUUGACGGAUGAUGGAAACUGUUGAAUGAAGUUUCAGCCGAUCAUUCAAAAACAGCGGCUCA